AUGCUUGUGAUCAAAGAAGUAGCACUUGUAUUCUUCAUUCAUGUAGUUAUUCUUAUAGUUAUAGUCAAAGGAGUAGCACUUAUUUCUUUUGUUUACAUAAUUAUUCUUAUAGUUGUAGUCGAAGAAGCAGUACUUAUUUCUUUUAUUUAUAUAGUUAUUCUUAUAGUUAUAGUUAAAGAAAAUAUGGCUACUACUGCUAAUCUGACAGUCACUUCUACAGCUGAUCUCAUUUCAGAUGCUGAUAAUGUUUAG